CGCGGAUAAAGUGUACUCGUAGGACAUAAAUACGGAAUUAAUGAUGUGUAUUGGAAAUUGUUGACAUGAUUGUGAAACUACUUUGUCCAAGCUAAAUGUUUAAGAAGCAGGCUAAUUUAAGCAACCAUAAUGGAACAAAACGGCUAUCCAAGAACCAAUUUUACCCAAGGUUCAAAGAUAUUCUGGCCGAACGGGACAGACCUUAUGCAGACGAGAGCACGGCUGAACGGCCACGGAGGGAAAUAUGCGAAAUCUGUAGCUGCCAAACGACAGAAAAAAUCUGGAAACGCUGUUCGGCCGAAGAGAGCACUUCUGUGUCUCUCCCUCGGCAAUCCAAUUCGAAGUGCUGCCAUAAAUCUCGUGGAAUGGAAGCCUUUCGAUGUAAUGAUUCUGAUCACAAUUUUCGCAAAUUGUGCCGCUCUCGCCGCGUAUGAGCCUCUUCCAGAGAAAGAUAGCAGUGAAAUAAACGACAACCUGGAAGUUGCAGAGUAUGUGUUUUUGGCAGUUUUCACAAUGGAAGCUGUGCUAAAGAUAAUAGCUUAUGGAUUUCUUUUCCACCCUGGAGCAUAUCUUCGUAAUGGAUGGAAUAUUUUAGAUUUUGUAAUUGUUGUAGUAGGAAUAGCAACUAUUUUAGUAAAAGCAUUUCUGAGUUCAGGAAGUUUUGAUGUGAAAGCUUUGAGGGCCUUCAGAGUCCUGCGACCUCUUCGACUGGUGUCUGGUGUUCCAAGCUUACAAGUUGUAUUAAAUUCUAUUAUCAAGGCACUGAUACCACUCUUCCACAUUGCCUUGCUGGUAGUUUUUGUUGUGAUAAUUUAUGCAAUUAUUGGUGUGGAAUUGUUUAUGGGUCGGCUUCACAAGACAUGCUAUAAUAAUGUGACAGGUGAAGAAUCAUUUGAAGAACCUCACCCCUGUAGUUCUGGAAGUUCAGGAUUUCAGUGCGAUAAGGAUGCAGGUCAGGUGUGUGAGGCAGGCUGGAAAGGACCCAAUCAUGGAAUUACAAAUUUUGAUAAUAUUGGCUUGGCCUGUAUGACUGUGUUCCAGUGUAUUACACUUGAGGGUUGGACUGAUGUAUUAUACUGGAUAAAUGAUGCAGUAGGGAACUCUUGGCCGUGGGUAUACUUUGUUACUCUGAUCAUUUGGGGAUCUUUCUUCGUUCUCAACUUAGUUCUUGGUGUACUUAGUGGAGAAUUUGCCAAGGAAAAGGCGAGAGCUCAGAAGAGUGGUGAAUUCCAAAAGUUUAGAGAAAAGCAACAAGUUGAAGAUGCUUACAAUGGCUACCUCGACUGGAUUACUCAGGCUGAGGACAUUGAAGGCGACAGUGAAAGUGAAAGUGGUGAUGAGUCAAAAGCUUCCAAGAAGACCUCAUCAAGACAAUCCAGAACUGAAGACAUCGAAAUGAUCGAUAGAAAUGAGAGACAAGACAGUAUUUCCCAACAUGAUGCGCACCACCAUGGUUGGUGUCACAACGAGAAGAAAGUUUUAAAAAAAUGGCAUCACCGCGCUAGACGGGAGCUGCGUAAAGCAGUAAAAACACAAGCUUUUUACUGGAUCGUCAUAGUUGUUGUAUUUUUAAAUUCAUUGACGCUAGCAUUGGAACAUUAUGAUCAACCUGACUUUUUAACCCAAUUUUUAGAUAUAGCAAAUAAAUUAUUUUUAGGAAUAUUUACCAUUGAAAUGAUAGUCAAGAUGUACUGUUUAGGAUUUCACGGCUACUUCGCAUCGCUUUUUAACAGAUUCGAUUGCCUGGUUGUAAUUAGUAGUUUGUUAGAGUUGGCAAUCACAGAAGCGUUGAAGCAGCCCCCUAUUGGAAUCAGUGUACUUCGAUGUAUUCGUUUACUUAGGAUUUUCAAAGUAACCAGAUACUGGAGCUCACUUAGCAACUUAGUGGCGUCACUGUUGAAUAGUAUGAGGUCUAUAGCUGGUCUUCUGUUGCUGCUUUCACUAUUUAUGCUCAUUUGCUCACUGCUUGGGAUGCAGAUCUUUGGUGGAAAAUUCAAUUUAGGCGAUGACGAAAUUCCUCGCAGUAACUUCGAUUCCUUUUGGAGAGCUCUUAUAACAGUUUUCCAGAUUCUCACAGGCGAGGACUGGAACGCUGUAAUGUAUGACGGCAUCCGUGCGUGGGGUGGUAUUGGCGAAGGAGGUUCAGCGAUUGCCAUCUUGUACUUCAUAUUCCUCGUUGUCGUUGGCAACUACAUCCUUUUGAAUGUCUUCUUGGCCAUUGCCGUCGACAAUCUUGCCGACGCUGAAAACUUGACAGAAAUGGAAGAAGAGAAGAAAAAGAGGAAGGAGAAAGCGAGAGAAAAGGAAGCCUUAAAGAUGAGGGGUUCCUUGGAUUCACAAAGCAAGCUUGACGCGGAUGGUGCUGUCGUACCCAAUCACAGUUCAGCGUCACGGUCAAAUGUAACACUUGACAAGUCAACACAAGAACUUCAUUCCACGGGAACUCUCAAUGGAAAUGGUGUUGCAAGAACAGCAUCAAACGACGACGUCGAAGCCCAAUCUACCGAUAUUUCCGUGAUUGGAGGAUCAAAAUCUGCCGUCAAUAACAACAACGGGAGUAGUAGUGCUACUUCAAGUGAGGAUAUCGACAGGGCACCAAUGCCCCCAGAGUCAUCUUUAUUCGUUUUCUCCCCAACCAACAUAUUCCGCGUCGUUUGUUACAAGAUCGCCACCAACACAUACUUUGUUAAUUUUAUUUUAUGCCUCAUUAUUGUGAGCAGUAUUCUGCUGGCGGCUGAGGAUCCACUCAACGCUAGCGCAAAGAGAAAUCAGGUUCUCAACUAUUUCGAUUAUUUCUUUACAUCCGUGUUCACUUUGGAGAUUCUUAUCAAGUUUGUGUCCUAUGGACUUAUCCUUCACAAGGGAUCUUUCUGCCGCAGUGCGUUCAAUCUAUUGGAUUUACUAGUCGUAUCUGUUUCUGUAAUCUCAAUAAGCCUUAAGGACUCCCAGUUUUCUGUUGUCAGAAUUCUCAGGGUUCUCCGAGUGUUAAGACCUUUGAGGGCGAUUAACAGAGCAAAAGGACUCAAGCACGUGGUACAGUGUGUCUUUGUCGCCGUGAAAACGAUAGGAAACAUCAUGCUUGUUACCAUGCUUUUCCAGUUUUUAUUUGCUGUCAUCGGUGUUCAGCUAUUUAAGGGGACUUUCUUUUAUUGCACUGAUGAGAAGAUGCUAACUGCAGAAGAUUGCCAGGGAACCUUUAAUGAUUUUAAAGGACCUGGAUUGUCAAACCCAGAGAUGAAACACAGAGAAUGGAAGAAACACCACUUUAACUUUGACAAUGUUGGUGAAGCCAUGUUGACACUGUUCACUGUGAUGACCUUCGAAGGAUGGCCAGGGAUUUUGGAGAAUUCCAUCGACUCCACUGAAGUCGACAAGGGUCCCAACCAGAACAACCGGCCGUGGGUAGCCAUCUACUACAUUAUCUACAUCAUCAUCAUUGCCUUCUUUAUGGUCAACAUCUUCGUUGGUUUUGUGAUCGUCACUUUUCAGAGCGAAGGAGAAGAGGAGUUUAAAGGUUGUGAACUGGACAAGAAUCAGCGUCAGUGUAUAGAAUUUGCACUGAGAGCGAAACCGCUGAAACGUUACAUUCCUGAGAAUCGCCUUCAGUUCCAUAUAUGGCGCGUGGUUACGUCACAAGCCUUUGAAUACCUCAUCUUCGCGUUCAUUGUGUGCAACACAGUUGUUCUGAUGAUGCAGUAUUAUCAAGAACCUAAACUUUACACAAGAGUGUUGGACGGUUUCAACAUUGGUUUUACAGCAGUUUUUCUCUUGGAGUGUAUACUGAAGCUCAUCGCGUUUAAACCAAAGAAUUAUUUCAUGGACAGAUGGAAUCUUUUUGAUUUUAUCAUUGUGGUUGGCAGUAUUAUUGAUAUCACAAUGAAUGAGGUUUCGGAUGUUUUCAGAAGACAUCGAGGUAUUUCGGAGCUGGAGUUAGCAAUGGAUAGUGGCUCCGACGGGCGUAUUCAGAGAAUUAGUGAGCAAAUGUUUGCUUUUGGUUUCUUCCGUUUGUUUCGAGCCCUGCGUCUCGUCAAGCUGCUCAACCAAGGAUCUGGGAUCAAGACUCUCCUCUGGACCUUUAUCAAGUCAUUUCAGGCUCUUCCUUAUGUGGCUCUUCUCAUUGUCAUGAUGUUCUUCAUCUAUGCUGUGAUUGGGAUGCAGAUGUUUGGUCGUAUUGCUAUCGACUCCGACACGGCGAUCAACAGAAACAACAACUUCCAGACAUUCCCACAGUCUCUUAUGGUGCUCUUCAGGUCCGCAACGGGUGAAAAUUGGCAACAGAUAAUGUUGGCGUGUACGCAUCGAGAUGACGUUAAGUGUGACGCGAAGGCCGACCCGCAGGACCCGUCGGGAUUAUGUGGCUCAGACUUUGCCUAUUUCUACUUUGUUUCUUUUUAUUCCAUCUGUUCGUUCUUGAUAAUCAACUUGUUCGUUGCCGUCAUCAUGGACAACUUUGACUACUUAACUCGCGAUUGGUCAAUUCUUGGUCCCCACCAUUUGGACGAGUACGUGAGGGUCUGGUCCGAGUAUGAUCCGGAUGCGCAUGGUUGUGUAAAGCACGUGGAUAUAGUAACUGUUCUAAAGCGAAUCGCCCCUCCUCUGGGAUUUGGAAAGUUUUGUCCUCACAGAGAAGCUUGCAAGCGCCUGGUAACUAUGAACAUGCCGCUGACCAAAGACGGAAUGGUAGACUUCAAUGCGACACUGUUUGGACUUAUCCGAUCAUCCUUAAACAUAAAAAGACCUGAAGGGAAAGGAUCAAUAGACAAGGCCAACGAAGAAGUCCGUAAUAUAAUUCUUCGGAUCUGGCCUAAAACGUCCAUGGAACUUUUAGAUAAAGUAGUGCAGCCUCCCGGAGUGCGUGAUGACGUCACAGUGGGUAAAUUUUAUGCCACAUACUUGAUUCAAGAGUACUUCCGUCGGUUCAAAGCGAGGCAGAAGGCACAGAAUCAAGCCAACGAACCCCAUGGAAAUAGUACAAUGGCUCUACAGGCGGGACUACGAACGCUUCACGGCCUCGGACCACAGUUGCGUCGAGCUAUUUCCGGUCCGCUUGGAAGUGACGACGAUGAGUUGUUCUUAAAGGAAGACGAUUCCCAAAAGGCGCAGCAUAAGGGGUUCUGGGAGAGUCUGAAAAAUGCAGUUUCAGUAUCGCCGCGUCACAGUUUUCGUCGUCCCGCAUCUUUUCGCUUGUCAGCUUUUCUGGGCAAAAAUGGAAGUGGAUUAGAGACAAAGAAAAAGAGUUCAUCUAUGUCUAACUUGAGUGAAAAAAUGGCUACGACUAUGUUCAGUGAUCAAAAAUACCUUAUGCCGACUGCUGGCACAUCGGCGGAUGAUAACGCAAACGAAAAAGAGGCUGACCAACCUCGCUUUGAACUUCCUUUACGAGACCCGGAUGAUACGGGCUCUUUCACUGCCAUAAAAGGCCACGCAGGUUUGAAGGCAGCAUUAAGCCUGCCGUUAAGUCCGGUAGAUGAUGAGUCACGUGACCGAAUUCCUUAUGUAAGACAGCGGAGUAAGAGUGAGGUCAUACCACCGUGGCUAGCUACGGGAGAAGUUGCCUACCUGGGAAGUGACCUUCGGCGAAACAGGUCAGCAAGCAUCAAAGACCUUUUAGAGAGUGCGUUUGUCGACGAAGGUGUCUCUAUUACUCUGGACGAUCCACUUCUUCGAGUCGCCGAACAGGAAAUUGCUGAAGCUUUCGACGUGUCCGAAGAUGACCUGAACCAAGCCGCAGAGCGGAUGCUUGCGCAGAGUAGCGAUCAUGAGUCCCAUACAGAAGAUGAAGAAAUUAGCGAGGAGAAAAUUAUGGACACUAUUAGGAAAUCUCCUCGCGUCUCGCAUCGUUGGUCGAGCGAGCCAGACGUUCCCAUAAUUAUUACCGAUCUUUGACGCGCCGCGGAAGCCGGCAAGUUUUCAAAAACGUGAAAUUUCAUCCGUUGCCAAGAGAUGCUACAACAGCACGUGCUCUCUUUGCUGUCGUGCUAAUGGCUGGAAAUGUUACAAAUAUGCCAGUACUAUCGAGAGGGCUUCUAGGCAAAAGAUUUUAUCUGGAAACACCUCCUGAAUUGUCCGCCAUUUGGACUAAGUAUGGUUACGAUGACAUUUUAAAGGAUCGACAUCAGCAAAGUGUAAAAUAAUCUUAGAUACAAUUGACACAGGUAAUGGCUCUGUUUUUGAUAUGUUGAAAAUAGCGCUUGGCUAUCUUUUUUUAAUUUUACUGUCCCUUUCAUCUGUGGUAAUGGAAGGACAAAGAUUGCCGAGUCAGUGUUAGAAAGAAGAAACAAAAUAGAAUUAGUUACUUGAAAGCAAGAGGCAGGAUCCUUGUAGAAUUAAUAUGAAUAUAUUUAUUGUAAUAUUUCGCUGUAUUGGAUAUGAUAAUUGUUUUUGUGCGCAGCUUUUAACUCGCUACUUGGAAUCGAAUGCUGAAGAAUGUUUAAAAUUUCUUUGUAGAAUAGAGAAAUUUCUUUCUGCAAAUGUGCCAAGGAUUGAAAAUGAUGUAGAGCUCAAUUUUCCUUUUACGCCCGAGGGGGCAAUUUUCAAAAUAUGAUUAUAGAAGUUUAUAUGUAUACGCCAUGCAUCGAUAGUUAUCCUUCGAUUUUUUUUAUCAUAAAAUUGUGUAUCAUUUUAAAUUAUCUUGAACAUUUUUGUCCACUUUUGUUAAGUUCUGAUCAUUCAAAGAAAUUUAGUUGAAACGAUUUUUGAGGAAUAGAGACAUUUCGAAGUGAAUACAAAUUUUGAAAUUAGUUGUACUAGUAGAAGUCAAGACCACCACUUACAAGAAAUAGCUUUCAAAUUAUUUUUUAUAAACGUUUGCAUCAUGAAGAACACAUACCUUGGUUGUCUUUCAAUGCUCUUUUUGUUUUUUUUUAUUUAUUCGUUUGUUUGUGAUAGAAUUUUUAAGCUCUUAUGUUUGAAGUUCUAUCUUGUGUUUCCCGACAGAAGAUUUCCCGUAGAGAUAAUAGGAUGCAAAAAUUGAAGCUCGGUUGACAGUUUUUUUUGUCAGUAUCCUCCAUAAUUUGCUUCCAAAUUCUCCUAACUGAUAUUGAAGACUUAAUUGAAAGUCCAUUGCCGGGGAGAAUUCCAAUUUUGCACUGAAAUUAUACAUUUUUGUGGUUUGUUUCGGAUUCUUCUAAAAUAUCAAUUUCCAAACGAAUGCUGGGAAAUAUUUUCUAAAGAACCGAAAGUUUGGCUAUGUAACCCCAAGGCUGUGCAAAGUUUGAAACUAGCGAGACGAGGAAAGCUCUUAUGUCUUCCAGUCUUUUUCUUUUAAAAACCCGAUGUUUACAUUUCUGAUAAAAAGUGUAACACUUUGUGGGAAGAUAUUUUUGUAGCACUGUAUUUAAAACCAAGGCGAAUCAACGGAAAAUAUAGGAUAGUUGUUAGCUUAAUUUUUUUUUUAUUAUUGUACUGUAUUGUAGAAAGAUUUGUACUUGGUUGUAAAUAAAAUUUUAAUUUUAUAAAGAAAGGUUCACGCGCCUGUAAGGCUAUAUAUGAAAAGGCGGAAAAAAAUAUGAGAAGUAAUCUGCAAAUAAAGAAUA